AUGGACGCAAGUCGGCUGUUGUCGUCAUAUCAUAAUUACGCCCUCAUUAUUGGCGUCACCUCGUAUCGAAGGGUGGCCGGCAGCUAUCGCCAGACUUGGCUAACACGCUCCUAUGUGCUGCUCCUGAAUAUAUUCGUGAUAUUGACUCUACCCUAUGUAUUCUACAGAUCUACGCAGCAUAUCCAGAGGCUCAAUUGGUUUCCCAAUAUAAUCUCAUACACCACCUAUGUGCUCUACUCGGUCUCCUAUGUGGCCAUUGCCUACACGCUAAUCUCCCGUGGCAGUCGGGAUAAGGUUCUGCUCGAAGUGGACAGCAUUGUGCGCAGAUUGAAGUGCUUAAAAUCGCGAGAGAAUCUCCCUUCAUCCACUGAACGCACAUGCAACUCUUUGUAUUAUGUGUUCUAUCUGAAGUUGGGCGCAGUUCUCUCCCUGUGCGUGUGCAGCAUGAUGUCAUGCCUGAUGCUGCCCUCCGAUUUUAAAGUGACUGUCGUUCUCUACGCAUUCUUCUUCAGCUGCGCCAUGAAUAUCCCCCUCGUUGCCACCUAUCGGUACUAUUUGGCUUUAUGGGAUAUUGCCUACUGCUAUCAGUACAUCAAUGGAAAGCUGGAGCAUCUGAUGAAAUGUGUGCGAAACAGAUACCCUACACAAGUGGAGCUCGAGGAGUUGCAUAGACUUUGCCCGAUUUGA